GAGAAAGAGAGAACCAAGAGGAAAGAGAAUCUACGGAUUAGUAUUUGUACAAGGGAAAGGAGAAACGACAAAUUAGGUCGCCAAGACUUUGUUCAUGGAUUAUCCAGAGAGGAUGGAUCAAACGAAUCAAGGCUGGAGCUCAUCGAUACCAAUUAAGAGGAAAAGGGGUCGUCCUCCUCGUAGAGAUGAAGUCCAGACUCAGCAACAACUGAACCCACCUGUUACUACUACUACCACCAUUGAUGAAAAUCUGAUAGGUCGGGUUGUUUCUGGUGUGGUUGAAGGUUCUUUCGAGGCAGGGUAUUUUCUCAACGUAAAGGUCGCUGACACAGAUAAGCAGCUGAAAGGCAUUGUUUUCUUACCGGGAAAAGUCUCUCCAGUUACUCCAACAACUGACUUGUUUCCCCAAGCUAAGAUGUAUUCAAGAGAAGAUGUCCUGCUUCCCUCUUUAACUCCAACCACUCAGUCGAAGAAAGACGCUGGGAAUCAAACUGAUGAGUUGAUGGCCGAUGAAAAUCAAUCUGCUACGCUGCCUGAUGUUCAUCCAAUGAGCGAUGAAGGUGUUGUUUCUGAGGCUAUUGAUGAGACAUAUCCUCCUAUGGAUACAGAGAUGAAAGAUGUUGGUGGUUCUUCUGGAGAGGAGAAGCUUACUGAACUUGAGGGCCAAACCCUCUCCUUGAUGCCACAGUUUGCCAAAGAAGACCAUACUGUCCUGCGAUCUGAAGCUUGUGGAGCAACAUCUGAAACGAAUCCAACGCAGGCCACAGGGUGUAGCUCUACGCUAAGCCUUGAACUGUUUCAGAAUGAGACAAAGCGAUCAGGAACGGAGGAGGAGGUAUCUCCUAAAGACGCUGAAACUCGUGGAAUGGAGGAAAAACCAGUUUCUCCCAUUGACGAUGUGCCAGAGGAGCUUCAGCUAGAGCUUGGCAACAAGAAAAUGAGUGCGUCGGCCAUUGCAACAGAAACAAAUCCUCAUCAGUCUGCUUCAUCAGAAGGUGGGUUCUUGGCGAAUAUGUUUGAAAAUAGAGAAGAAACUACGAAAGGACCAGAAGAAACUAAUGCAGGUUCAGAGAGUAGUAUCCUAGCGGCAACAACAACUAUAACACAAGCAGAUUAUAAUGAUUCUUGA